GCUGACCAUGGACGCGCUCGCCAGCACCAAGGGCCACCGCAAGUCCAAGUCGGGCGCCAAGGUCAAUAAGCAGAAGCGCAAGGCCUUUGAGAAGCAGAAAAAGGAGCAGCCGUCGCUGGCUGAGCAACGAAAGAACCCGAAAGCCUUCGGUGUUGCCAAAGCUGGUCGUGCCCGCAAGACCAUCCAGCGCAACUUGGACCGCGCGCAUCGUAAGGAAUAUGUGCCACAAUCUAACCGCGCCGAGGAGCUGCCACCGCCCAUCUCGGUGGUCGUCAUGGGUCCUCCAGGAAGCGGAAAGAGCACAGUCAUCCGCUCGCUGGUCAAGCGCUACACUCGCCACAACCUCGUGGAGGUGAAAGGUCCGGUGACUGUAGUGAGCGGCAAGGACCGUCGUAUCACCUUCUUCGAGUGCCCCAACGACCUCAACGCCAUGAUCGACCUGGCCAAAAUCGCCGACCUGGUGCUGCUCCUGGUGGACGCCAGCUUCGGCUUUGAGAUGGAGACGUUCGAGUUCCUCAACAUCCUGCAGGUGGUCGGAUUCCCCAAGGUCAUGGGCAUCCUCACGCACCUGGACGGCUUCAAGAAGAACAAGAGCCUGCGCAAGACCAAGAAGCGUCUCAAAGCGCGAUUCUGGACCGAGAUCUACCAGGGAGCCAAGUUGUUUUACUUCUCGGGCAUCUCGGCCAACAAGUAUCCGAAAGGAGAGAUCCAGAACCUGUCGCUGUACAUCUCGAGGAUGAAGUUCCGACCGCUGACGUGGAGGAACUCGCACGCGUACAUGCUCGCGGAUCGCUUCGAAGACGUCACUGCCCCCGACGAGGUUCAACGUAACCCCGCGGUGGAUCGGAGGGUUACGCUGUACGGUUACUUGCGAGGAACUCACUUGAAACCAGGCAUGAAGAUGCACAUCGCAGGCGCUGGCGACUUCUUCAUGGAUAGCGUCACAGCGAUGCCAGACCCGUGCAACGUCCCGUCCAGUAAGAAGGGCGCAGACGGGUCAGUGAAGAAGAAACACUUGACUCAGAAGGACACGCUCCUGUACGCGCCGAUGUCGGAUGUGGGCAACAUCAUGUACGACAAAGACGCCAUGUACAUCAACCUGAGUCAGCUGAACUACACCAACCCAGACACAGGAGACGUGGUGCCGGACGAGCAGGACGCGGAGGACGAUGAGAGCGCCGGGAAGAGCGGCAUGCGCAUCGGACUGGGCGGGGAAGGAGUGGAGAUGGUGCAGAGCAUGCAGAAGAUGGACGUGGGUCUGGACGAACGACUGAAGGGCGCCAGUCUGUCGCUGUUCAAGAACACUGCAGCUAUCAGGGCGGAUGAAGUGGACAGCGACGAGGAAGAGGGCAGCAGUGACAGUGACGAGGAGGAGGAAGGCGAGGACGACGAUAGUGACGGCGAGCCGAACGUCGGUAAGCCGAAGGAGGCGAUUGUCCGUGACGGCUCUGGCCGUAUGCGUCGUCGUGCAGUGUUUGAAGAGAGCGAGGAGAAUGUUGAGACUGGUGACAACUCGGACGAUGACAGUGACGAUGAGAGCGAAGAGGAAGACGAAGACGAGGAGGAGGAAGAAGAAGUUACGGAGGAGCAGUCGCAGCUGCGCUGGAAGGAGAACAUGGUGUCUCGUGCCGCCGCCAACUUCCUGGAGCGAGAACAAGGCGAUGUGAACCUCAUGGAGCUCGUGUAUGGAGAGCGCCAGAAACUCCACAUGACAGAGCGAGACUUGGAGAACGAGGAAGAGGCGAAGAAGGACAAGCGGACCAAGAAAGCAGAUGACGACGAUGACGACGACAGUUUCUUCACGUUGAAGCGCAAGUCGAACUCUGUGGGAGAAUCCUCGUCAGCGUCUGAGAAGUACAAUACCAUCAAUGCGAUGGAUUGCUCGCGUCUGCAUCUGGGCACAGACGGCAUGAGCGACUGGACGAUGCCUGAUGUACUUGAAGGCAUUCGCAAUCGCUUCGUUACUGGCUCGUGGAAGCGAGAGAAGAAGAAAAGCGACGAGGACAAUGACGACGAGGAUGAGGAGGAAGCGGGGGAGGACAAUGCAGACCCGAUGAACGAUGACGACAUGGACGGAUCGUUCGAAGACUUGGAGACUGGAGAGGUCCACAAGGGCGUCGAUAGUGACGACGGCAGCGACGAAGUGAACACAGAAGAGACCGACGAGCAUAUACGCGAACGGCUCCGUGCGCAGAAGUCAGCCAAGCGAACAGUGGAGGACGACGACGACGUGGAGGUUGGAGGUCAGAAGAAGAACAAGGACGAAGAGGAUGAAGAGAUGAUGGAAGUGAUGGUCGAAGCUAAGCGUCUUCGCGAGGAGCAGGCCCAGCGCAACGCUGAAGAAUUCGGUGAAGAAGGCGAAGACAUGCGUCUCCAACUGGAAGGCUUCCGUAAUGGUCUCUACGUCCGCAUCGAGUUCUCGGGUGUCCCUGCUGAAUUCGUUCGCUACUACGACCCCAAGAACCCUAUCGUCGUGGGUGGGUUGCCCAACAUGGAGGACACUCUGGGUCUUGUACGUAUGCGCUUCAAGAAACAUCGUUGGCACAAGAAGAUCCUCAAGACCAAUGACCCGCUGGUGUUCUCCAUCGGCUGGCGUCGCUUCCAGAGCUUGCCGCUGUACUCUAUCGAAGACACGAAUGAGCGUCACCGGUACCUGAAGUACACACCCGAGCAUAUGCAUUGCCACGCGACAAUCUUCGGCCCCAUGUGUCCUCCUAACACUGGUGUGCUGGCCUUCCAGACGCUGUCCAACAACGCGGAAGGGUUCCGUGUCAGCGGCACUGGAGUUGUGCUGGAACUGGACCACAAGUUCAACGUGGUGAAGAAACUCAAGCUCAUCGGUACGCCCAACAAGAUCCACAAGAACACGGCCUUUAUCAAGGGAAUGUUCAACACGGAGCUGGAAGUAGCCAAGUUCGAAGGAGCAAGUGUUCGCACUGUCAGUGGAGUGCGUGGUCGUAUCAAGAAGGCGCUGCGUGGCGAGAAGGGAGACUUCCGUGCCACGUUUGAGGACAAGAUUCUCAAGAGCGACCUCGUCUUCUGUCGCACGUGGGUGCCUGUGGAGCCGAAGCAGUUGUACAACCCGGUGACGUCUCUUCUCACGAAUGUCAAGGGCUCCAAGAAGAGCACGCUAGGCCUCAUGAAGACCACGUACGAGCUGCGUAAGGAGCAGAAACUGGCUGUACCUGUCAACCCGGAUUCACUGUACAAGCCUAUUGUGCGUACGGAGCGUAAGUUCUCAGCCCUGAAGGUGUCCAAGAAACUGCAGGCCAACUUACCGUUUGCCAGUAAACCCAAGGAAGACAAGAAGAAGGGAGUGAAGAAGGGAUAUCUGGCUAGUCGGGUAGUGGCGCUGGAGCCGGAGGAGAAGAAGAAGUAUGGCUUUAUGCUGCGAGUCAACACGGUGCGUCGGGACCGUGAGGCCACGCGUAAGGAGCGUCAGAGUCAGCGCAAUGCCGAGAACUUGAAGCGCAAGCAGCGUGAGGAGAAGCAGUUUGAAGGCGUGCACAAGGCGGAGAAGAAGGCCAAAUACCGUGCUGAAGGCAAGGAGGCCGCUUAUCGCGCCCAGAAGGCGGCGAGAGGAUGAGUGGACCAAUACUCUCUACUUCGAAGUAGGUGUCAGCGUACCUGGUCCCACGUUCAAUAGACGAGCAGUAGUUUUGC